UGUUAACAUGUGUGAGCAGUAAACAAAACCAUAUCAUAUUAUCUUAUCGGUAAAACGUGACAGCUGUAUAUGUGCAAUUAUUCUACUUUCGAUUUCAUAUGUUUUAAAUGGAUACACGUUAAACGGAAACAACACUUAAGAACAGAAGUCUUCAAAAUGGCUCGAGGUUCAGUACCUACUGGAGAUGUGGAGAGCUUUCUCCUAUUGAUUAAUGCACAAAAUGUCGAAGACAAAAUCUUAAAAAGAGAUGUGGUGCGCAAUUUAUACAAACACUUUAAAAAAGACCGACCUGCAGCAGGUCAAUUUUUAUUCGGCAAAAUGAUGAAGACUCUUAAAGACUUAAAGGAGGUGCAAGAGCUAGGCGACUAUUACAUAUUUGGCAAAGAUGUGCAAGUUAUGUAUGAACGCAUGGCGAGCGAUUCGCAGUUCAUGAAGACGUUGGAAGAAUGGAAGCGAAUAGCUGAAGAAACUCCGUUCUUCUGUGAGAUAUGUGGGAUUUCGUGUACGUCUGAGAAAUCACUUGUAGAACACCAGUUAGGCAGCAGACACAGAAUCCACAAACUACAUAUUGACAUUUACCGACAGAGGGAUAAGAUGACCACGGUUCCAGAAGGCAUGCAACUUACUUGUAACCCAACUGCAGAAGAAGGAAAGAUGGAACUGGUUUGCAAAUCAGGUGAAGAGUGUACAAUGAGCAUCGAUAUUGAGAAUACGCUAAAGGAUGAAGACAUUGUCUUCCAAAGACACGUGUUCCUCUGGGACACAGGUGUGUUUAAGCUGCACAAAGCCAGCGACAGGGAUGGACAAAGAACGUGGCGAGAAUUCGAGCGGCGAGAUUUGCAUAUUGGGAAAGGUGAAACUAGAUACUUUCAGAUUAAAUGCAUAGCCCCAAAAGACGACUUUGGCUACCAUUUUGUUCCCUUGGCUUUGUAUUUCGUGAAAAAGGAUUCAAAAACACGAAAGAUUAUUACAGCAGAAGACGAAGGGGCAUGGACGCAGGAUUAUGUUCUUAUAUUUGUGUCACUACAUAUUAUAAGCGACUUCCACGAGGAAUUGGCUCCAAAAUCUGUUUACGAGAAACCAGACCAUUUUCAGGAAAACAGUUUUGAGGUUACAGAACCCGGUGAAAAACUCCCUGAGCACAGCAGAAAUGGCUUAAUCGGAAAGUUGCGUCCAUUCCAUAUCCCACCGCAUUUAUACAACAAUGUGAGAAUGGGGACUGCUCAUAAAGAUGGAAAAAUAACAAUAAAUUCGCCAUAUCUCAGCCAAAUACUAGAUUGCAACACAACUCAGAGGAAUUAUAUGAAAAAGUUUCACCACCUGUUGUGGCUUGAAGAAAUACAAAUGGAGAUCGAUAUCCAACAAUACAAUAUGGCAGGUGUGGCGAUGACGAUAUGUAAAAACAAGAUGCGCCUUGAGGUACCUGGACUUGCUGAGAAAAAACCAUCAGUUCUGCGAGGAGAUCGAUUGUACGUUUACUACUCUGAUAAGCUGUCAGAACGAACCGGCUAUCCGGAGGAUCAAUUGAUUGUUGCAGUAGGAAACCUGGGCUUGAACAUCGAAUGUGAGGCAGACGAAUUGCGAUCUAGAAGAAACAUUCGUUAUGAAGGGAUUGUUCACAAAAUUGAACGGGAACACGUUCAGUUGGGCGUUGCAGAAAAGUUAAGGAGAUACUGGACGCCUAGGCAACUAUACGAUGUGGAAUUCAGAAUAUCGCCAUUCAACAUGUGGGUUCAGCACCGAGCCAUUGAGCAGGCUGUCGAUUUCAUGGAUCUUCUGUUUCCUGUCAAACCUGCUUCAAGGCCAGAUCAGUCGCACAUAAGUCUUAGGACGUGGUUUGACCGAACGCUCAAUCCCGAACAGCAGACUGCGGUGAGGAAAAUUGUGCAAGGAAGCAGUCGUCCAGCUCCAUACAUCAUAUUUGGUCCGCCGGGUACCGGCAAAACUGUAACGGUCACUGAAGCAAUCAAACAGGUAUACAGCGGAUACCAAGACAGUCGUAUUCUUGUUUGCUGUCCAGAAAACUCUGCAGCUGAUACUUUGAUGCGGAAAUUGUUAAAGGAUAAGCCCAUCAUUAAGGAGGACAUCUUCAGAAUGUAUGCUUUGUCACGACAACCUGAAACAUUGCCUGCCGAAAUAGCGGUAAAUCUUCAUGAUACGGGUCAAUACAACUACGAUCAACUGAAAGAAUGCUUUUUCUUUCCAUCCGUAAACACACUCAUGGAAUACAGGAUCAUUGUUGUAACUUUGACGACAGCCGGAAGGAUGGUUACAGGAAAAUUUCCUACGAACCACUUCACGCAUAUCUUUAUAGACGAAGGCGGCCACGCGGUGGAACCAGAAUGCAUCGUGCCUAUAACUGGACUUAUGGAUCCAAGAGAUAAAUCUAGGCGUGCACAGUUGGUUAUUGCCGGUGAUCCCAAACAGCUUGGACCGAUUGUCCGUUCUGCUAUUGCUCGAAACUUUGGGUUACCUGUUUCUCUAAUGGAGAGAAUGAUGUCCGAUAUCGAGAUGUACAAAACCCAGCCGUUUGACGAACGCUACAUCACAAAACUUAUCCGAAACUACCGGUCACAUGACAGCAUACUGGAAAUCCCAAGGCGCAUGUUUUACGACAAUCAGCUAGAGGCAUGUGGCGACUCCAAAGUCUUAAACUGCAUGCUUGACUGGGAUAUGUUGCCAAACAAGAAGUUUCCUGUGAUGUUUCACUCAGUGUUUGGAACAGAGGAACGUGAAGGUGACAGUCCAUCGUGGUUUAACAGAGAUGAAAUAGCGCAGAUUGAUAUGUACCUGACCGCAUUGCUGAAGAAGAAAAAAGAAACAAAAUUACAACCCUCUGAUAUUGGAAUCAUCGCCCCAUAUAAGAAACAGGUUUCCAAGAUAAGGCAAAUGCUGCUAGCUAAGAGACAUAUUGAUAACCAAAAUGAAAUAACUGUGGGGUCGGUCGAGGAGUUCCAAGGUCAAGAGUUCAAGAUCAUAAUCAUAUCCGCCGUGCGCAGUGACAUGACCUCUGCCUACACGGACAUAGACAUGGUAUUCAACCUAGGCUUUCUGCGUAACCCAAAGCGGUUCAACGUAGCCAUGACACGUGCUCGAGCUCUAUUGAUUGUGAUUGGAAACCCCAUAACGCUUGAACAGGAUUCUUGCUGGAAGACAUUCAUUGACUACUGCGACCAGAACAACGCGUUUAGGGGGCAAAAAGGGCAAAAAAAAUCAGGACCACCUGAUAACGGAAUGGAUGGAGGCCGAGGCAAAAAUGGAGAUACAUCACGUAAGGUUUCAAUUCCAAGUUUGGGACGGCCACAAACCGAGCAGAAGAAGAUAGAGCAAAAGAAGAUGUCUGGGAAAGUUCACACCAGGCGCAAAUUCUAAAGCAAGUAGAAUGACCGUUGAAGGGAUUUACAAAGUUAAACAACUGAUUUGAUUGUGUGUGCAUUAUACAUAUGUCAUAUGUAAAUUAAUAUGAAUUCAUUGGUAUAGAUUAAAUGGAUGUCGGAUUGGUGCAAAUGAAUAUUUAAGGUCUUUCUUAAAUGUAGCAGGAUGUGGAUCCUAUUUUGAUAUUCUUUUCAUGUUUUGGUUUAUAUUGGCGAGAUUCCUGUUUUUGCUUUUCAUAUAUAUAUAAAAAGUAUGAUGUGAGUUUUGGAUAAAGAUCAAGUUUAUCAUGCGAGGCUUAGAACCGAGGUAAAGUGAUUCUAGCCGAGAAUUAUAUAGUUGAUUUUUAUACAAAGCUCACAUAAUACACUAUGUAUCCUAUUAUUUCCUCCCUAUAUUUCAUUUAAAAUGAUUAAAUAUCGCAUUAUGUUGACGAUUUUGUUUUUCCGUAGUUGACAAAACAGAUUCUCCAAUUUUUGGGAAAACCCAAAUCUGAUCUAGAAAUAGCGAUAGUAUAUAGCUCAAUUUUAUACUAUCAUUGUUAUACUAUUGAUUUUCAUCUGGUAAUAUGAGGAAUAAACCCAUCGUCUACCAGGCUCCAACGAAACAAUACGCCGAGUCUAUUAUUCAAUAAUUUGGUUAAAUAAACCACUGUUAAGUUAAAAUUAAAGUUUUUAGGAAAAAUUGUUUGCUAGUCUUGAUAUCAUUUUGAAAAGCAACAUAUGUUGAUUGAACUCAUGCAAAUUGUUUAUGCUGAUUUGGUAAUUAAUACAUUUACCAAGGAAUACCAAAAGUAUGUGGAUUGGGAAGGCAUCGUUAUCCUGAACAGUACUAAUGGUUUAAUGUGUGAAGGAACACAGUGUGAGAUAAAUAUAGCAUUUGUUAUGGACUAAAUAAUACAUGAACACGCACUAAAUAAUAAAUGAACACGUUCUAACGAACAUCAACACGCACUAAAUAAUACAUGAACACGCACUAAAAAGCGAGAGAAGCAAUGCAUCGUGAUAUGUGGCGUGACCUGAGGGUAUCGAGUUGGGUUCUUAUAUAUAAUUACCAAAUCAAAUGUUAAAUUAAAUAAAUGGAUAAAAAAUAAUACAGGGGAAGUGAAUCAAUAUAUUAUUACAAUUAAGCCUUACACAUCCUGAACUUGGUUCACACUUCUUCGAUUAUCAAUCACUAACUUACCAAAUAUUCGUUGCAUCCCUUGUUUGAACAACACAUAAAAUUCAAACAUAUUUAUACGUACAAUUCCCUUUUUAACCUGUUAAGAUGUAUGGUAUAUUAAGUUUCUGACGGCAAUAUAUCAUGUUAAACACUGGGAUCUUUGUCUGUAAACUUAAGUUUAUAAUAAAGACUUGUUAUAAAUUCAUAUUUAUGUAUAAUGUAUUCAAUGUAACGGAAAACGUAUUUAUACUCUGUUUUGCUCUGUCAAGAUUGUUUUGUUAACUUGAGUAUGUGUUCACAAUUUGAUUAUAUAAGCUCGCUAGCGAUGUAUCCGGGAAAUACUUUUAGUUAAGCUCUGGUUCGUCUGUCUGUCUGUCAGAUUAUAGUUCAGUCUGUUCGUCCGAAUCUGGAUCCUGCGAUAACUCAAAACGUACUUAAGUUGUGUUCAUAAUCCUUGGUAUGUUGAAAAAGGGCCAUAUAGGAAAUAAUUUAGAGUAUGUUUAGUAUACUAAUGCACAAUUUUGCAACCAGUGUCACACUUCGAGUUCGAAAUGGUUUUUGAAAUACACGUAGUUAAUAAAUGCACAAAACUGUUUGUAAUGUAUGUAUAAAGUUAGAAACAAUAAACUUUUGCACAUUA